AUGCCUUCGUCACGCUGCGAGUCCAUUGGACCCACGCAAUCUCGCGUAAAGGCUCAAAACCUUACCGACGUGGAGCGACAAGCCAUGAUCAACAUGCUGCUAGCGAGCAGCAAUGGCGGCAAGCGAAAGUAUGGAUCCGUCAAAGGCGUGGCAGACCAAUUCAACUGCCAUCGCACAACGGUGUCCGCGGUCUGGAACUCGUGGAAAGCAGCAUGCGCAGAGUGCGGCUCCAAGAUGAUCGCGUCACCUCCAACAACCCGCAUGAAAGGGAACUGUGGAGCGAAAACGAAGUGGUCUGCUGAAGCCAUUGAGGCAGCGAUCAAGUUCGUCCCGUUUCAUAAACGACAAACCACCCGAGCUUUGGCCUUUCACUCUGGAGUUCCGCGAUCAACCAUUCUGCGCCACAUGAAGCGCAACCGCCGUCUCCGAUGCAAAUCGUCGUACCUGCGGCCAUUGCUGACUGAGGACAACAAGGAAGAACGCAUGAAGUUUGCUUUGUCCUUUGUCAAGAAGAACCACGUUUUCGACGACCCUGCACGACGUCUCCAAGUCGAAGCGCUUCAUCACAAAGGUAAUGUUCCUCUGUGCCCUCUGUGCGUAAUGUUCCUCUGUGCUGUUGCGCGGCCCCGGUACGAUGUCAGCAUCCGCCGCAUGUUCGACGGGAAGAUCGGGAUGUGGCCCUUUGUUGUGAAGGCGCCAGCACAACGCAACAGCAAGAAUCGACCUUGGGGGCCGAUGCUCACCGAGCCCCAAAACGUGACCGCCCAAGUGUACCAAGACAUGUUGCUCACCCGAGUAAUUCCUGCAAUCAAGAUGAAGUUGCCGCUGGUCAUGAAGUCGUCAACGGUGUACAUUCAGCAAGACAACGCCGGCCCACACGCAAAGUCCGUGAACAAAGCCAUUGAUCAGCUUGCAGUGAACGAUGGAUGGACUAUUCGACUUCGAAAUCAACCACCGAACAGUCCCGACUUCAACGUCUUAGAUUUAGGAUUCUUCAAUUCUUCAGUAUCAGUCAACUCCAUCGAAUAUCGAUGA